AUGUCGUCCGCAGCCACCACCCUGUCAGAGGAGGCGAAGCAAGUUCCCAGCAUCAACAUCAUGCUUGCGGGGUCGGAACCGCUGACCAUCGAUGAACUGAUCCGUCACCGCGCGGCUCUGGUGCCAGAUAAACCAUUGAUUUCUUACCCUCAUUCGGGCAUCCAGUAUGUCGACUACACUCUCCGGCAGCUGGAUGUGUUUGCCUUCCGGGUGGCACAGAAACUCGCAGCCCGACUCCCACCGCGGACCUCAUCCGCAGAAAAGCCUGCCGUCGUCUCUCUUCUCGGCCCCUCAGAUCUGAACUACUUGGUGACGCUUCUGGCGCUGUCGAAGCUGGGCCAUACGGUCCUCUUGCUCUCGACGCGCAUCUCGCUGGAAGCGUACGCCUCUCUGCUGGAGAAAACGGCCUCGAGGCAUAUCGUCAUCCACGAGUCCUUCCGGGACACGGCCAGCGAUCUGCAGAAGCGCAUCGACGGGUUGGAGAUCGACGAGAUACCGAAACAGGAGGUCUAUGAUUACCCCAUCGAAGACGAUAUGGACACAGUGAUUGCGCCGAAUCUGGAUCCGCUCCAAGAGGCGGACCACAUCGCGUGGAUCAUCCACUCCAGCGGCUCUACGGGCCUCCCGAAACCGAUCUUUCAGACUCAGCGAUCGGCGAUCAAGAACUAUGCGACCAACAUGAAUAUGCGCGGGUUCAUCACCCUGCCGCUGUAUCACAACCAUGGCAUCAGCUGCUUGUUCCGGUCGAUCCACUCGUGCAAGAGCAUCCACCUCUACAACGCGUCGUUGCCUCUGACGAAACAGUAUCUGCUGGACAUUAUGAAGACGCACGACUUUGAGAUCUUCUACGGCGUGCCCUACGCCUUGAAGCUCCUGGCGGAGUCAGACGAGGGCAUCCAAGUUCUGUCGAAGCUGAAGAUUGUCACCUUUGGCGGCUCUCCGUGUCCGGAUUCCCUGGGCGAUAAGCUGGUUGCCAACGGAGUUCAUCUCAUCAGUCACUAUGGAUCGACGGAAACCGGUCAAUUGAUGACCUCAACCAGGCCCCGCGAGGACAAAACUCAAGCCGUUUCUGCGGUUCGAAGAGCGCAGUCCGGGGAUUUAUCGAGUUCGAUCUGCCUUGAUGGGUGGCCAUCCAAGGUGGCAUCCAACCGGCCCGAUGGGUCGUACGCCACCAAGGAUCUGUUCAUGAAGCACCCCACCAUGGAGGCGUACAAAUACUAUGCCCGACUGGACGAUACUAUCGUCCUGGUGAACGGCGAAAAGGUCAAUCCGUUGGAGCUGGAAGGCGCCAUUCGGCAGGACGCCGCAGUCUCGGAGGCGAUCGUCUUCGGCGCCGGCAAGGCGAAGAUCGGGAUGAUGGUCGUCCCUUCUGCCGAGGGAGCAGCGCUCUCGGCAGACCAGCUUGUCGAUCAGAUCUGGCCCAGGGUCGAAAAGGCGCAGACGGCAAUGCCUGCGUAUGGCCAACUUUCACGAGACAUGAUCAAGGUCCUGCCGCCGGAUACGCAGUAUCCACGAACCGACAAGGGGACCAUCAUCCGGCAGGCCUUUUACCGACAAUUCGGGCAGUUGAUAGAAGAGGCUUAUGCAGAGAAGACAGCCGAGGGGGCUCUGUCGUUGUCGGAGUCGGAACUGAAAUCGUUCCUGAAGGAGCAGCUUAAAGAUAUCUUGCCUCCAAAGGCGUACGCCGCAUUAACCGACGACGCGGAUUUCUUCCACCUAGGGAUGGACUCGUUGCAGGCGACGCAGCUGCGAUCUGUACUUGUCCGACGCAUCGACACGAAUGGACAGCCGCUCGGGCUGAACGUUGCAUUCGACUAUCCGACGAUCAACGCGCUGGCGCACCAUCUGUAUUCGUUGCGUUCAGGAACGGCGAGCAGCGUCGACUCGGUCGAAGAUGUGAUGCGCAGGUUGAUAGCCAAGUACGGGGAGUUCCAGCAGCAUACUCCGCUGCCGAAUGGCCUUGCUGGCCGAUACAUAGUCGUCACUGGAGCCACUGGUUCGCUGGGCAGCCACAUUGUGGCCAAGCUAUCAUCGCUGCCAGACGUGCAAAAGGUCUACUGCUUAAUACGAGCCGGCUCAACUAUCGAAGCAUAUGAUCGAUUGAUCAGAUCGAUGCGUGAGAGGCAGGUUUACGAAACGCUUCCAAGCUCCGCUCGCAGCAAACUCAUCGCCCUGCCGUCCGUUUUCUCACAUCCCACGCUGGGACUGGACUCGCAGACGUACAACCUGAUCGCCUCAGAAAUCACAGAUCUUGUCCACUGCGCUUGGUCCGUCAAUUUCAACCUGCAGCUCGCCAGCUUUGAAAAGGACAACAUCGCGGGUCUCAAAAACCUGAUCGGUCUCUGCCUCAAGUCCCAGCGGCCGGCACCGGCAUCAUUCAAUUUCUGCUCGUCCGUCAGCACCGUCAUGAACACGGAAGAGGACGAGAUCCCGGAAGCCCUGCCCGCGAAGCUGAAAUACGCCCAGGGAAUGGGCUACGCCCAGUCGAAGCUGGUCGGGGAGAACAUCUGCCUUCGAGCCGCGGAGCAGACGGGCCUUCGCGCGCGCGUCCUGCGCAUCGGCCAGGUCAUCGGCGACACGCAGCACGGGAUCUGGAACACGACGGAGGCAAUCCCGCUGAUGCUGCAGGCGGCCGUGACGAUGGGCGCCCUGCCGCGACUCGACGAAUGGCACCGAUGGCUACCCGUCGACGUGGUGGCGGACAUCGUCAUCGAGGUGUCGCUCUCAGCUAAGAAGAGCGCGGGGUUGCUGAACGUGGUGAACCAAAACGCGUUCCACUGGACGCGAGACCUGCUGCCCUUACUGCACGACGCAGGCCUGCAGUUCACCGAGCUCGAACAGCGGGAGUGGCUGCGGCAGUUGCGGGCGUCGAACCCGGACCCGGCCGUCAAUCCGCCCAUCAAGCUGGUCGAGUUCUUUGCGUCAAAGUACGACACCGAUGCGCCGAGACGCUCGUUCAAGUGGCACACCGACGAGGCUAGGAGGUAUUCUCGGGCGUUGGCGGAUGCUAAGCCGCUGGACCAGGCGUUGGUUGACAAGAUGGUGGGCUAUUUCAAGAGUAGGUGGUCGAAGACCGCAUAG